AUUUUAAUUGCACAACGAUCCACAACAAGUUGUAUCAAGCAGAAUUUGUCCUUUAAAAAUUAAACAUGCCAAAGGAAGGAAAGCCCAAAUUACACUGCAAGAAAGUUGUGCACCCAAACUCUAGAAAAGCUACAAAGUUGGCGAGACAAGCACAUAGAGAUGAGAAACUUCAAAGGAAGAAGACUGAGAGGAACUAUCUUCUUCAAAUAAAAGUUGGCGAAAAGUUCAGAUGGUUUUUUGAGAACAUAGAUCAUGCUAAAGCAGAGUAUUCGUAUUCUGAAGUGUGUGAACUUAUUGAGAGAUAUUUGCAUCGCUUUGAUGAAGAGCUCCAACAAAUCAAUGAACAGAACAGUAUAAAAGGCAGACAAGGCCGGGCUCAUGCGUCAAGAGAAGACACACUGACUAAUGUUAUUGAACGUGAAAGGGAGCUCUUCAACACUUGUGGAAUAGAACUUCCAGACCUCACAUCUGCAAAAGUACUGGCCCAAUUUGGAGAUUGGAACUGCGAUGUCGCAAGCCUCCAGCUUAUCAAGAUGCGAAAAUUCAACUCUUCAACUCUUGAGAAAAAACAGCAACGAUAUGACGAUGAAACAGAUGAAAAGCUUAAAGAUGGAAACAUUACAACUUAAAAUGGAAUGUAGGGUUUCGGCAAUCAAAGCUUAAUCAUCAGUCAAACGGGUUUGACGGUAAAAAAAAUCCUCAAGUUCUUUUCUGCUGUCAACUGUGUAUCGCAAUUGCGGCCCGGCUUCAGCGUAGUCUCAGGCCGGGAAAUGAACUUUUGGUGAUUCUCUUUUAGCGGAGGGUUGUCGAGAGUCAAAAGCGGGAGGCUGGGCAAGAGUUUGAUGUGAUCUUAACAAUAACAAUAUCACUCAAAGGUUACAUUGUACUCUUGGUAACAUUUACUAUAAAAAAAAAAAAAAAAAACUACAAAUAUGCUGGCCGGGAUUUUGAGCCUGAUCCACGACAGAAUGGUAAAGCACUUCUGGCCUCGAGGGCCUAGCGGUGGAGGCAUUUCCUACACAGUACAUUGGGAUCAUUGUCUAUCUAGAUAUGAGAAAAACUUUCUUGCAUUUAUCUGCUUGGGAAUCCCUCUACAGAAUUCAUGUUCGUUUAACUUAAUUCUUUUCAGUAAAGGGGGUAGGUUUCUAAAGAGAUUGUGGUCCUAUCGGUGGGAGUAUUGCAAGAUAAUUUGUUUUUAUCAACCAAGUUGAUAAUGUAGAAUGGCCACCGUGAAGAGAUUUUUAGGCUCACGUUUCGAGCGUUAGCCCUUCGUCGGAGCGAAUGACGAAGGGCUAACCCUCGAAACGUCAGUUUCAGAAACACCCUGCGGUGACCAGUUUACAUUUUUAACUCGGUUAAUUAAACCAAAUUAUCCUUUUUACCGGUACUUUUUUAAAGGUCAGAUAGUGAUUGAUGGUAAAAAAUUUUCACCCUUUCUUCAUGAUCAGCAAAGCUCCUCAAAAGUCUUGAAAGAAAUAAACAAAAUUCUUUGA